AACAAGCUAAUAUUACACCUUUUAUUGAAUUUCAUUCACGCGCAUAUUAUACAAGUCAAUCAUUUGAUUUAACUAAAUCAAAUGAAAUUUUAAAUGAAGAGGAAAAAGAGAUUUUUGAUUACGAAAAUGAUCAAAACAAUGAAUCACAUGAAAUAGGAAUUAGUCAAAUUAUUGAAAUUCCAAAUUUUGCAGAUGAUGAUAUUA